GGUUGCGGGAAUCGUGAUUGAUCUCAUUGAUCCAGGCCGUAUUGAGUCGAGAAGCCAGAUGAGAGCUAAACACAUAUCCAAGACCGGAUUUUGGUCCGUUGUCUCUCUUAUCACCACCACCACCACCACAACCACCAUCGUCGCCAGUAGGGUAGCAUCAAUGACGACGUAUCCAAAGAUUCCAAAGUCGAUAUUGAAAUCUCGCCAGGUACCGUCGCCUCCCCUGGCCUGCAAAGCUUCCCCCAAAUCCAGUCUUGCGUGCUACGGCAUUAGACGAACCCCAACUGUCAGACCAGAACGGCAUUGUGCGUCGUUCCCCUCACCUUGGCAUCUCCAACGACAUGCAAGGUCGUGUCCAUUGGCACGCGGGCUAACAGUCUCCGUGACCGAUCAGGAAGCUGGGAGUGCCUUUCUUUCUGUUAUUUGUUCAGAAAGCACCAGGUCCCUCAGAUAUCGCAAGAGCCAGGAUCAAAUAUUAAAUAUGGACACAGCGCGCGUCGUUCAUUGAAGGGGGGGAAAGGGAGAAGGAGAAGGAUUGUUGCGAGCGCCUAUGCAAGUCAAGAGACGAGAGAAUUCAGAAGAGUUGCA